CUUAAGUCCCGCCUUCUCAUGUUAGCCUUAGCAGUAAGAUGAGUAACCCGCAGGCAGGACUGCAAAAUCAUGGCAACAUUUAUGGAACGAUUAGCCUUUCUUCAGAAAGUUCCCACCCUGAUGAAGGCUACAGCAGAUGAUGAAAACCCCUGUCCUGGGUACCUUUUCCAGGAAAUUGGAAAAAUCUCCCAUGAGUCAUUGGGUUGUGGCCAGUGUUUAUUAGAAUACCUUCUAGAGAGGCUGCAAGUGGAGUCCUGUCAUGUUAAACUUAAGGUGCUGAAGAUCUUCGUCCAUCUUUGUGGUCAUGGAUCAAAUCACUUCCUCACUGAACUCAGAAGGAACUCCACCUUCAUCCAGCAAGCAUCAGUUUACAGUGGCCCCCCUGAUCCCAUUCAUGGCACAGCGUUGUACCAGAAAGUGAGGAAUACAGCCCAAGAAGUGGCUCGAUUACUUUUCACAGAUGCAAUUUCCACCAAAAGCAGCAUCCAUCCACACAGCAUAGCCCCAGCAACAAUGGGUAUGGGAUCAGCAACUUCCCACCGGUCAGGAUUGCAGGGUUUUGGAUAUAAUCCAGGGAAACAUGGGACAGCAGCCAGCGACUCACUGCUGGAUAAGAUCCAGAAAGCUGCUGAAGUAGUGGCCAGUGCUGUCCUUCCCCCAACUGAGCACCAGGGCAUUCGUCUCCAUGACAACCAUUAUCGUGCAGUAGUGGCGCCAUCCACACCCAUAGAGGUGGCUGUGCCAGCGUGUGCCUAUAACCUACCAGCUAGCAGACCAAAAGUGACCCGACGGUGCCCAGGGCAAGUAGGAGGAGGCUGGGAAGAGACUGACAGCGGCAACAGCUCCUCUCACAACUCUUCUCAGGAAAUUGCCACCAACAGCAGGAUGUCUGUGGACAGCAAGUCAGGUGGUACAGGGAGCCAGUCGGGAGCCAGCAGAGAGAGCAGCGGGGACCUAUCAGAACGGGUAGAAGCCUUGCAGUUGGGGGACUGUGGCCAGGAGAUGGCACUUAUCAACAGACUGACAGAAGGUUCAAAAGUGUUUCUGAGUAGAGAGGAGAGUCAACACUUCAUCAAAGAGUGCUUCAUUCUUAACUGUGAGGUUGUGGUGGAGUUACUUUCAAGCAAGCUACAAGAUCCCUCAUACACUGUUAAGAUGCGGGCUCUGUGUGCUAUUGCGUGCCUCAUGACCUCUGACUUGCUCUCUCUGGAGCAAAUGUUUGGAGUUACUCAGCGAAGACUUUGCCAGCUGAGCGAAGGGCCUUCAGGACCUGUCGCAAACAAAGCUACCAAGAUCCUACGACAGUUUGAGGCUCUGAUGGGCGGAUCUCUACAUGCUGCUAAGCAGGAUCCACUUAACAGCAGCCAUGAGACAACAGCAAAUCAGCUACACACGUCUAGAUACUGUGAUGGUUUGCUACCAAAAUAUUUAGCUAAAAGUAAUGACCUCAAAUUAAGUCAGCCUGACCUCACAUCUGCCGAUGUCCCCCACACACCAAAUUGCUCAUCAACCCCUUCAAGUCUGGACCUGACACAAAAAUGCUCAACAGAGAAGCUUAUGAACCAUAGUGAGGAGGAGAAACUCACCCCGAUUCUGCAAGAGUCGGUAAGGAGUUCUGAAAUAAAACCAUCUGAUGAAGGCCCAGAGCUUAUCAGAGACAGGAGCACACCUUCACCUGAACCCCAGAGUAUGCUGGUCCAUUCAAACAAACUGUCUCUAUUCAGUGGUAUGGAGCUGGUGACCAGAGGGAUGUCUCUUUGUGAAAAGGAAACGUCCCAUGUGGAGUUGGAUAAAACAGACAGCAGCAAAAGUGAGACAGAAACAGUGAAUUACUCUGACUGUCCAGUGAACUCAUCUAGGAUUGGCAUUAAACCUGGUGAGGACUCUCCAUCUGGGUGCAGUCCUAUUGACUCUCAUAGAAGCCAAUCAGUAUCAGCGUUCUCCUUUCUUAACUUUUGAUUCUUGAUCACUUUUUUCUUAACUGGAACUAUGAUACUUCUAACAAUGAUGUCAUCAUGUACAUCCUUCCUAAAGAAUAUUUGAUUUUUUCAAACCAAAAUCUGACUCGUUUGAUUGGUUUGGUUGAGUCUGUAGAUUGCUUUUUUUUUAUUUAUUUAGGUUUCUAUUUUUUCUAUUUGUGUGCCUCUUCAGAAGUUAUUAAGCAGAAAACUGGGUCAAAAGCCAGAGACUUAGGACUCUUAAGUGUAGUCAUUUAAACUACAUCUGAGUGCAAUCAGCUGUCAACUGCAGUGUGGUUGUUUAUAAUCAGAGUAUAUCGAGCUGCCUUACAAAGUCUGAGAGCAGUAAGUACGGAAACGGUGAAACUGAGAAAAAGAAAAAAACUGUUAGUUUUGUUAUGCAACAUUUUCAACAGAAACGGAGCAGCAAAUAAGUAUUUGGGUGUUUGAAGAUACUGUAGACUGGUCUUAUGUGUUCUUACCUCAGAAGACAGACAUUCCUAGUUUGUGUUGUAGUCCCAGGUUUAUUUUCUGUUGGGGGGACAGUCUGGUACUUUUUACCCCCUUAAUGUACAGGUCUAUGAGCUGCUUUAAGGGCUGUUAGUUAUGUUUCCUUUUUAUUUUUAUCUGAGAUGAGAUUCUGCAGCUUUAGUGUGACACAGUGUUCUUCUAAGGUUGCAUGCUGCAGAUAAAAGGCAGAUUAUUAAUAAUGGCUUUUUAAAUCUCGUCAAAGAUGUAUAAUACUCUUAUAAACUAAAGAGGGCUAAGAAACAAUGAUUUACAAACAGAAUAACUUUUUUCAUGGAGGUUCAAAGUCACAGGAAUUUCAGAACUAGUCAGAAGUAGCUUCUGCCUUUAAGCGAGGCCCUUUUCCUUUCUCACAGAUAAUGCAAACCCAUGAAGUGAGAGAUAAGAGCAAAAGAAAAAUGGAAAUUUGUUGCUGUGUCUUGGCUUUGUGGGGCAGUACUGAUGGUUUCUUUAUCUCAGGUUUCCUUUUUUUCAACUUGCACCUUUGCAACACAUCCUGAACCUUUGAGGGUGAAUCUCUCCAUUUGUAAUUUGCACUACAGUUCCUGGAUGAACUUAAACAUACAAGUCAGUCGUCUUCCAUGUUUUGGUACUAAGUUAUUAUGUUGGUGUGAUUUUUAUGUUAGUUUACAAAUUAUUUAUGUGUGACGUUAACUGAUGUACUCGUGAGAGAUUAUAGAGUGCAUGAUUCAGAACUGUGGCAGAUUAAAGGAGAAAUUAUUUAUGGAAAUAUUCUGUGUGGAUAAUUAAUGGCUGGAAUCAUUUGAUAAAACGUCUGCAACGUCAUCAAAGUAUAUUGCUCACUCUUCCAGCAGUUUUUAGUUACUUACCAGACUGCAGUGUUUACUACUAUAAAAGGGUAGUAUAACUACAUGCUAAAACAUUAAUACUGUAACACCACUGCUGUACUUCAUUUCAGAAAACAUGAGCCUAUGAUGAUGAAUCUGCUCAAGUACAAUAAAACACGCUGUAUUUUUGUUACAGCACUCACUG